AUGGAAAAUACAUCCAGUGAACCUAUCAAUGAAGGAAAGAAAGGAACUAAAUUCCAAUGGACACCUGAAGAAGAUGAUAAGUUGGUUAAGAGUUUAUUGGAACUGGCUAACGAUGUUAAAUGGAAAGCAAACAAUGGUUUUAAGCCUGGUUUUAUAGCAAAAUUAAAGGAAUUAAUGGAGAAGAAACUGUUGGGAUGUGUUGACAUGCUUGGUCUAAAUACCAGUGGUUUUGGUUGGAAUGAUAAUGAGAAAAUGGUUGCAGUUGAGAAACAAAUUUUUGAAGAUUGGGUCAAGGGUCAUCCAGAUGCUAAGGGAUUGCAGAAUAGGCGCUUCCCUCUUUUUGAUGACUUAGCACUUGUGUUUGGUAAAGAUAGGGCCAGUGGGGAUAGAGCUCAACAUGCUAGAAAUGCAAUAAAGGAGUUAGCUAGUAGACAAGAAAACCAAGCUCCUACAAAUGAAGUUGAGAUAGAAAAAAAUGCUGGUAUAGAAGAGAUCAAUCGAAAUAGUUAUGGUUCCCAAACACAAAUACCCAAUCAAGGUGUUAGCACAAAGAAUCUAAAUAAGAAGAGGCCAAGAUCCAAUGAUGAACUAACUGAGACCUUAAUGGAGACAAUGAAAGACUUUGGAAAGAAGUAUGAAGAAGCUAAUGGACAUAUGGCCACCAUUGCAUCUUGCUUCAAGAUUGAGUCAGAGGAAGCUGAGAGAAGAGUGAAAGUAUUCAAUAAGCUAUUGAAAAUCGAAGGACUUUCUAUAUCAGAAAGAAUCAAAGCUUGA